AUGUCAGAAGGCCACCAAGUUCAUAAACGAAUUGGGUCGACUGAACCCAAUUUCGCUGAAAAUCAAAUUAACAAUCCUCGUGCUGGCUUUGAGGUGGAAAACGAUGGUUUAUUGCCCAUAACUCACCAAGAAUUGAAAGACUCGUCCUUAAAACCCAAAACCACCAAAAAUGGUUCUCGAAGCUUGAAUAAGAUCGAUAGACCUGCAUUUAUAGUCCUAGUUAUAUUGUAUUUGCUUCAGGGAAUACCCGUCGGUUUAGCAUUUGGAUCUAUACCCUUUAUAUUGAAAUCCAAGUUAUCGUACUCACAGGUUGGUAUAUUUUCAUUGGCCGCAUAUCCGUACUCGUUGAAACUAUUAUGGUCACCUAUAGUUGACGCCCUAUACAGCCCAACUAUUGGGAGGAGAAGAUCCUGGAUCAUUCCCAUCCAAACAAUAUCUGGAAUCACAUUGAUCUAUCUUGGUCUGAAAAUUGACUAUCUUGUAUUAGAUCCUGAAACUCACUUGAAAACGAUUACUAUGUGCUUCUUCUUAUUAGUGUUCUUUUGUGCGACACAAGAUAUAGCUGUCGAUGGGUGGGCAUUGACAUGCUUAUCUCCUGAAUGCUUGUCGUAUGCAUCAACUGCCCAGACAAUUGGAAUCAAUACCGGAUACUUCUCGUCAUUUACGAUAUUCCUCGCGUUGAGCUCUCCAGAUUUUGCCAACAAGUACCUAAGAACUGUUCCUAUUAAUGAAGGGUUGUUUUCGUUAGGCGUGUACUUGAAUUUCUGGGGCUGGAUGUAUUUGAUUGUUACUGGAGCGUUAUUUCUAAUUCCAGAGGAUCCUCCACAUUUGGCUAAACUGAAUAUGGCCAAACUUUCUAAUGAAAAAGCAAAAGCUGAAUCUAUUUAUAACAAGAACUCGAAGGUGUCUAGUAACUGGGCCUCGUUGAAACAUGUUUAUAAUUCGAUGUAUCAGGUAUUGAAAUUACCGAACGUUCAGACAUUUGUUGUAAUCUUAUUAAUUGCCAAAUUCGGAUUCCAGGCUAGCGAAUCCGCAACCAACUUAAAGUUGUUAGAAAAAGGAUUAUCUAAGGAAGAUUUGUCUAUUACCGUCUUAAUUGAUUUUCCCUUUGAAAUGGUAUUUGGUUACUAUGCUGGACGCUGGUCUAACGGUAAAACGCCAUUAAAACCUUGGUUAUUCGGAUUCGCAGGUCGGUUAUUUGGGGCAUUCUUAGCACAAAUGAUCGUUUACUUUUUUCCAGAGAAUGGUCAAGUAUCAUCAAGAUAUUUCAUUUUAAUUAUUUUGCAGCAUUUAAUUUCUUCAUUUAUGUCUACUAUUCAAUUUGUUUCAUUAUGUGCAUUUCAUACUAAAAUUGCCGAUCCUGCCAUAGGAGGUACCUAUAUGACUACUUUGAACACCUUGUCUAACUACGGUGGUACGUGGCCAAAAUUGAUUGUUCUAUAUUUGAUUGAUAAACUUACUAUAGCCAAAUGUCAACCAACAACUCAAGUAUCUACAGCUAUUGCCGAGAACUUGGAUUUUUAUAUUACUUCAGAAGCUCUCAAGGAAACAUGUAAGAAUGGUGGCGGAAAGGUAGUACUUUUAAGAGACGGAUUUUACUAUACUAAUUUUUUCUGCAUCGUUUGUGGUAUUUUCAUAUUAUUCUGGGUCAAGAAGAAGGUAACCUAUUUGCAAAGUUUACCUAAUAGUGCAUGGAGGGUAAAUAAAGUAUUGUAG